GGCACGGCAAGUCUGGGUUUCUGGGCGGGUGGGGUGUGCUAGCUCGGCGUCGGCAUUUUCUUCUUAUUGUGCGAGUAAUCGACGAAAUGUCGGUCAACAGCCAGACGUCGCUGGUGCUGUCGCUGCUGCUAGCAGUGGGCCUGUUCGCCGGCCUGCAGCUGCUGAAGCCACAGCUGUCCGCCUCGCCGUCGCUGACAGUGGCCGCCGGCGCAGCCAGCUCGCUGCUAUUUCUCUUCAUGCUGACGGCUGUAGGCAAUCUGGAAGCAGCCCUCUUCGGCAAGGGCUUCCAGACGAAGCUGCUGGAGGUGCUGCUCUGUCUGGCCAUCGCGUGCACGGCGGCAGGCAUGAUCCACAGGGUCUGCACCACAGUCUGUCUCAUCUCGUCCCUGGCCAUCCUGUACUACAUGAACCGGCUGUCCCAGGCCGCGUAUGCCGCGCCGGCCGUGGUGCAGGUGGCGCCAUCUAAGAAGCGGCGAUGAAACUGUACCUCGUCGGCCGUGGCGCAGGUGGCGUCAUGUAAAGGAUGGCGAUGGCACCGCGCCUCGGGCUUGGGAUGCACAAAGGGUUUGCUGCAGUUAACGCCGGGGCGGGGGGGGGGGAGGGGCAAUGAGCGGAGAGCACUGCGAUAGUGCUGUCUGCUCAAGGUUUUGUAAAGGUUACCCGAAAGCGCUCAUACUGGAGAGAAUAAGGUGUGAUGACAGCUUGUUUGCCUGACAGUGUGUUGUCUGCUGGUAUUGGGCUUUGCGCUAAAUUCACGUUGCUUGGGGGUUAAUGCUCUUUGUUUUAUGUCCGAAAUGGCCAUGGUCCGUGAUCCUAAUAUGUCGAUGCUGUUUGGUUUACGUGGAAGUGUGGCGCGCGCGUGUGCUCACUUAAUAGCUGAGUUCAAGACACGAGCCUUUCACUUGUUUUCCACGCGUGACGUAUGUGAGCUGCAAUACCCCACAAAGGCAAAAUACACAUUCAUUCCAAA